UUCGGAGACCAUCAGCACGCGCAGGCACUUCAUCCUUGUAAGAAGUUUUUGAAGGGUCUUGGUCUGAAUCAAGUCCAACUUCUUUGAGCCAGAGGAUAUCUGACCGACUACCACAAGACUGCGCAGAUUAGUAAUUUGACGCAGUCUUCUAGAGGCCCUUGCCAGAUCAUUGAUAUCAAGGUAAACAUGGCCGGCCCUCUCUGGGAUAUCUAUUGGUCCAUCAUCAAAUUCGCUUCUUUUUUCGAUCCGGAAGUACUCACCAGAAGAUAAGAAUUCAGCAAGUUCAUCCAAUGGUUCAGGUAUGAUGUAUGUUCCUGGUGCCUCAUUAUUUUCCUUGAAGAAGGAUCUCUUCAGCAACUGAGUAAAAAUACUUUUCCCUAUAUCUUUCAUUCUUUGCACUCCAGCUCCAGGGCCAUCAAGAUAUCCAAGAGCCAUCCAUACACGGAUAACUUCUUCUUUUUGAAAGGCAUACCCUUUUGGGAAGAGAGAACAAGAAACAAAACAUUCCUUGAGGUCUCUUGGCAGCUGUUCAUGGCUUAAUCUCAGUGUGGCCAUGAUGCCACACUUCUCUGCUCCCAUUUGACACAUUUUCCUUUUCGAAAUACCCCUCCAGUGGGUCUCCUUGAAGUCUGACCGUAACGCCUGACAAAAUGUCUCCGCUGCCUGUGGCAAGCCAUUUAGCCUUUUGGCUAUGUUUUUGCCUAUGGAUAAGAGUUCUGGAUAAUCUUCCGGGUCUUUGUUAUGAAAUGCAAGUUCUUUGAACAGUGGCCAAUAAUGUUUGAACUCUAAGCCGUGAACAUGAAUUAGCCCUUCUGUACUCAUUCCUUCUCCUAUGCUCGGGUCUCGAGUAGUGACUAUGACUUUGCUUCCUUCACGUGCUUGGCUAAAUGGCAUAUUGAACGCAUCCAGUAUGUUUCUUGACAAAUCCCAAUCCCAUAUGUCAUCCAGGACUAUGAGAAAUCUCUUAUCUUUCAAAACAUCUGCCAGCAUACUCUUGAUAGUGCCCUUGUCGGGCGCAGGAUGGCGAUAAAGCAGUAAUUUUUUAGAAGCAGCAUUGGUUGCAUCAAUCAACACCCUUGUGAUGCUGGCUCUAUGUGAUACACAGAUCCAGGCCUUCACCCCAAAACAGUCUGUUCUGUUAUCAUUGUAAGCUUCCCGGACGAGAGCUGUCUUCCCAACACCACCCAUUCCGACAACAGAAAUAUGUGAGAUUUUCUCCUUACAUUGUUCAAGCUCAAGUAAUAAGGUCAUGAGAUCAUUUGCUUCUUUCUGCCGACCAACCAGCUUUGGUUGUGUGUCGGAUGCAGUGGUCUCCCGCCAGUCAGGAGCUUGAUCAGGCACCAAUCCUUGUGUAGCAUCUUGCCCACGCAAGAACCACAAGCUUCUCAUCUCCGCAGAAACGUUGUCAAGCUUUUUAAUGACUUUCGUCAAAUUAUCAGCGUCAUUUUUGUCUUGGGAAAUGGAAUCAGAAGCAUCUUUUCUAGGAGAAAAUAUAUGCUUGUGUUCAGUCGUUACCUGGUGCUUCAACAUUGCAUACUUGAUGGAAUCAAGAACAUCUUCUGCUGUGAAAACCGCAUCUCUGAGUCUCUGGAUCCACGAUUGCAAUUUGGAAUCAUCAACUUCCCUUUCCCUGGCCCGGCUGAUUGCUUCUGAAAUCUGCUCAAGGCGCCACUUGAGCUUUUCGGUGUUGGUCACGAAAUUCUUCUGGUCCUUGUACCGGUCCUUUGCAUACUGUAUCACAGGGUCGGCGAGCUUGGAAAGGCAGACAGACACGAACCAUCCAGCCACAGCGAGCUUGACCAUCACCAUGGCAGAUCAAAAUUUCUGGAUCUCAGGGGGUCCAGGAAGAGGAUGAUUAAACCUUCCAGGACUCCACAGCUCAGUUGGCAGCUUAUGUUGAUUGAUCAAUGGUGUAUGCUUAACUGGCUAUGUGUUUAUCUCAAUUCUUUAAUGCGGCUCGAUGCCUCGACUGUCUGUUCCUAUUCUAUUAUCAUUAUACUUUGAACAUAAGAUCUGAUCCAGGGCCGGUGGGUCUGAGCUGAUGAUCAGCUGGUCAAUCAAGUUAGUUAGGAGGGCAAAAGAAUAACACAGGAAUUCAGUGCCAUCUUAUCUGAACCUUCUUCCCCCAUGUGUAGAAGAUACAAUGUCCGACGGACUCACAUGCAUCUGUGCUGCCGUUCAUAUUGGGUUAACCAUGAUCCUUGAUGUGCCUGCUGCAGUGUGCUGGUAGUCAACUGGGUGGUUCAGAUAUCCUAAACUAUAGGAUACAUUAAUAAGCAGUGAGCCUUUCACAUGCUGUUGGUUUGGCUUGAGUUUGAGGAUGAACUGGUAUUUCAUAUAUGUAUAUAUAGAUCUUUUCUUUUUUUGAGAAUCUUCAUAUAUAGAUCCGGUGAAGUCAGUUGCUUGUAGCUGUCCUAUGUGGGCUGAAAGGUUAAUGGCCCUUCCAGUUAGUUCAACAGUCUCUGUUCAGAAGCAGCAACUAUUGUCAUGAGAAAUUAAGCGAAGGAUCAGCGCUUGUUUUGUGUCAUCACAAAAUCAAUGUGGUUUGGUGGCGCACGAGGCAUAUAUUUUUGUUGGGGACAAGUACAGAUUAUCGGUUCAUGGAGCAUUUUACACCGUUCUGAAUGACGAUGAGGUUGUUAGAGCGGCGACUUUAGAGUUCAGAUCAUCUUACCUCUAGUAUUUUAUUUUACAAAAUUAAUGUAUGCUAUGUUAGUGGCAGGCUGAGUCUGAAUCAUUGGCUUGUACUAACAGUUACUCCCUCCGUCUCACAAUAUAACAAUAUAAGGUCAUUUUUCAAGCUAUUUGAUAGCUUCAAAAAUGAUCUUAUAUUGUGGGACGGAGGGAGAAAUAGAUUUGUGACAAAGACAAUUAUGCCAAAGAACAUGGUGACAGGGCGCCAUGCUGGGUUAUUAUGUGAUCUUUUUUAGGGGAAGAAAGGAUUAUUAUGUGAUUUUUUUAGGGGAAGAAAGGAUUAUUAUGUGAUGAUGUGGCAGCACCUUGGUUUUUCUUUUUCUUUCUUUUGAGCAAAAUGUGGCGGCACCUUGGUGUCUGACGCGACGGUACUUUUGGGCCAGGAAUAUUUAUUUACGGUAUAGUUAUGCAACCCAUUAGAGGCCCAUCCUUAAUAAAAUGGGCCACGCCAUUUAGGUCCCAAGUCGCCGGUUUCCUUCUUCUCAAAAAUAGACUCCACCACCCAAAUCAGUACCUGACCCUCCUCACCGAUACUGCAGAUUAAUCUGGGUUUGCCGCCGGGCGCCACAACUUUGUGUUGGCGCUCCAAAUUGGUUCCUUGGACUGAAACGAGAUCGAGCCCCGCCGCACCUGCACCUGCACCGUCUACCACAUUGACUGCGGCGUCGCCGAUCGAGACGCGGCUGUUCGUCCUUGUCGUUCCAGACAGCACAGCGAGAUGGAGAAGGAAAUCCUGGAUCCAAGUUUUCAUACAGUCCAAACAUUCAUGUAUGGUCAUGCCGAGGUCCGGGAUAUCCCCUCGGAAUAUCGUUGGCAAGAAGACAAGGAGGAGAUGAAGGCGGAUGAAUACCAUGGAUUAAGUUACAAUAGAGUGUUGGCCAAAUUCUUAUCAGCCAAGGAACAAAAUUACAUGGCAUCUACUUCGGCUACGAUUGUUGGGGAGACAAUGGAUUUGGUGAAGCCACUGUGCACCAAGGAUGAUGUUUUUCGCGUUCGUUUGGAGAUGCACCGUGCAAAGGAGUCUUACACUAAAGAAGAGACCCUCUUCAAGAGCGAGGCCAGGCAGGACGAGCUUCUUAAUGACCCCAAUCUCACCAAAUCAUACUGCUACAAUGCCAUGAGCAAUGAUGGCCUCUCUGCGACUUCCUAUGCACACUUCUUCCACAAGGAUCCCUCUCCACGCAUCGACUACUUUAAACCUACCACCUUAGAAGGUGAUAUUGAGUACAUAAUUUUUUUGGACAAACUGGUGGAGUUAACAAGAUAUAGAGAAACCAGAGAUAUGGUGUUCGCUAGGGCUAUUGCCCUUGCAAGGAGUGGUUUCAGAAAAAUGCUCCUUUUCCAAAUUAAGAUAGCCGUCGAUCAGUGUUUAGAACUGAUGCUCCGUGGAGAGAAGAUGUGGCAGAGAAAACAGCUGUAUUAUCACAUAGUGCAGGAAACUGUUUUGAAAAACAAGAAGCGUGAAGAUGUUAUCCAGGAGGGACAAGUUCAGCUUUUCUAUGAUCUUAUCGAGUUCGCCCGCCUAGAUGUGGAUGACUAUAAAGAUAUGGUAGAAGAAACGCUUGACCAUCUCGUUGAGGUAUCUCAUGACAAGUUGCCUUCGAAGGAAAGCGUUAAGAAUGGUGCUUACAAAAAGAUGAUCUGUGAGGAGCUCAAUAAGCUGUUCCCAAGACGUACUCGGCUUUAUAUGCAUUUUCUCAAGAUGAAGAUAGAGGCCGCCUUGUAUCUGGCUCGGACGACGUCCCUUGAGUGCUAGUCCGGUGUGUGUGGUCUUCGCUGGUUUCCCUUAAUUAACCGAUGCAUGUAUGGUUUUUGGGUCCAGUUUCCCUUAUUAACCGGACCAACUCUCUUCUUCUAUAUGCAAAUGCGGGAGCUCCCCGCCCUCUGAUGAGGUUUCGUCAAAAAAGAUAGAGGCCGCCGAAAAACAUGGCGUGAUAAGCA